AUGGACAACACUAGAUCUGCUGUCACGAUGGAGCUUCCUCUCUCUGGAGGGCCAGGUUCGGAAGCAGACCUUCCUCUUCAGCAUGACUCGACAGAGCAGAAUCUAGUGGAACAUAUGGCCCGCUUCGAGGUCAAUCCAUAUGAGUGGUUUCGCGAAGUAGCCCUCUUCGUUUCCGGUUCUGGUUGGCGAGCAUAUGAAAAAGUCACCGGCCAGCCCGUGUUCUACUCUGGCUAUACGGAGAAGAUCAAGUCAGGGAUCAUGGCAUCACCAAUGCUACAACGAAUGCUGGCAGAAUUGACAGGGAAGAGGCUGGAGGUCGAAGAGCAAGAGCAUCUGCUGGAUCGAACGUCUCCCACGUUUGAGACGGACAAGGUGAAACGACAAGAUGAGAUUAUCUCCAGUCUCAGGGAGGCUACAAAUACGAUGAUUGAUAACAUGGUGUGCAAAAUGGAGAGCAAAUACUUCAUCCGAAGUGCCUAUUAUAUGGUCACACAGCUACUUACACGCGCAUAUCAUCAAGGUAUAUAUGUCGAUCGGCAGGAAAUUGACCGGUUGCGAAGCUACGCGGAUAUGGCUGCAAAGCAAAAACGAUCAAUCAUUUUCCUACCUUGCCAUAAAUCACAUCUGGAUUAUGUCUCGCUACAGUUGAUAUGCUAUCGUCUUGGCUUUACACUCCCUGUUGUUGUUGCUGGCGAUAACCUCAACUUCCCUCUUGUUGGUAGCUUUCUUCAGCACGCUGGAGCUAUGUGGAUCCGACGAAGCUUUGAUAAGGAUCCUCUUUAUAUUACUCUUGUCCAGACGUACAUUGAUACCCUGCUGCAGAAUGGAUACAACUUUGAAUGUUUCAUAGAAGGUACAAGGUCACGGACCGGCAAGCUUCUUGGUCCUCGAUUUGGGAUCUUGAGCUUCUUGCUGGACAGUGUUAUUACUGGUCGCACUGAAGAUGCUUAUAUUUGUCCUGUCAGCUCUCAGUACGAUAAGGUCAUUGAAGUGGACUCCUAUGUCAGUGAACUGUUGGGUCAACCAAAGCAAAAAGAGAAUCUCUCUGGGUUUCUAUCCGCUUCGUCCGUGCUUACGCUCAAGCUCGGUCGUGUAGAUGUGCGCUUCCACGAGCCAUGGAGUUUAAAGGAUUUCAUCAAGUCACAAGAAUUACGACCGUCUCAUGCACCUAACCAGGGUAGCAUUGAGCGGAGCAAAGAGGUUAGAUCUCGAAUGCUGAGGACCUUGGGCUAUAAAGUGCUCUCUGAUAUAAAUGCUAUUUCUGUCGUCAUGCCAACUGCUCUAGUCGGCACUAUCCUCUUAACGUUGCGCGGCCGCGGAGUUGGACGCUCUGAGCUGAUUCGCCGGGUUGAUUGGCUGUGUGGAAGGAUUCAGGCAAAAGGUGGCAAAGUAGCCCACUUUCAUGGCGCACCAACGGGCUACGUUGUUGAUCGUGCUCUUGAAGUACUUGGUCCGUCUCUGGUUGGCACUGUUGAAGGCCUUGCCGAGCAGACUUUCUACGCCGUCGAUCGUUUCCAAAUGUCCUUCUAUCGCAAUAUGACAAUCCAUCUUUUUAUAUCAGAAGCUCUUAUCGCAGCUGCUAUGUAUACGCGCGUCAAGCAAGGUGGAGGACCAGCAAUCCAGCGAAUGGUACAGGCCGAACUGACGGACCAGGUGACAUUCCUCUCACAGCUCUUCAGAGGAGAGUUCAUCUUCCCAGCUGGUGAAGGUCUCGCCGCUAACCUCGAGAGAGCCGUUGCUGGUCUUCAAGCAGACGAAGUCAUCGAGGUUUUUACAAGCUAUGAGGGCAAGACAUAUGCUGGCUUAACCGACAUAGAGCGUCAACGCGGCCGAGAAAACUAUGAUUUUUAUUGCUUUCUGAUAUGGCCAUUCAUCGAGGCUGCAUGGCUCGGUGCGGUAUCCCUCAUGUGCCUUACCCCUCCUUCUGCCGCGGAAGUGGACAUUUGGAUCGACAUGAAGAAAGCACAAGAUAGCGCGCAACUUCUGGGUAAGACGUUGUAUCAUCAAGGCGAUCUAUCAUAUUUUGAAGCUGUCAACAAAGAAUCACUCAAAAAUGCUUACAGUCGCUUUGCGGAAGAAGGCAUUAUUGUGGUAGCAACUAAUAAAGACUCUAAAGCUGGUCCAACCAUGCGACUUUCGCCAGACUGGACACCGAGGCGUGAUGGACAGACAGGUGCAUUAUUACUGCAGGGCAGAUUGUGGGACUUCACAGAGAAGAUUGCCAAGUGCAGGAGAGAGGGCAAGAACAGAAGGGAUGGUGCUACCGUGUCUACCAGAGUCUUGUCCAUGGCUAAUAAGCUUGGACUUGCGCUUUUUGAAGAUAUGAUCUCGUCUCGAACCGCACCGAACGAACCAUUAGUCGCACCGAAGAAGGUUCAACGCCGCUCGAAGUUAUGA